AUGUUCUUGACUUAGUUGGUGAUAGGUAUAUAGUUUAUAAUAUAUUAAAAUAAGAAAUGGUUUUUCACUUUUUACAGGCGAUUCUGGUAUCUAUAGUAAUAGAAAUUAAAAGUCUAAAUUGCCUGGAUUAAAGGAGAAAAUGGUAUCAAAAAAUUAAAAUUAUGAAAUACACAAUUUUGAGCUUAGGGGAAUUUUCAGAUCAAGAAAGUAGAGGAAGCAAUAAAAAUACAAGAACGAGAGUAAGAUAUUCAGUCUUUCCAGCCUCAAUUACAUAAGGUUAGAUGUUUUCUGAAGAGUGUCAAUGUUAGAUGAAAGAGUUUUUUGAUUUUGAUUUUUAUAAAACUAUCAUAAAGUUCAUAAUAUAUACUAAGAUUAUAUAAAGUAUUAUAUUUAAAAAAUUUAGUAUAAAAAUUAGUAUCAAAGUUAAUAUAUAUAUAUAUCUAGAGUAACUUAUGGAUAAUGGUCAUAGGACUUAAGAAGAUAACUAAAAUAUAGAAUAGAGCUUAUGUAUGUAUAUAAUUGUUGUUCUUGCACUAUAUCUUUGAUUUCAUUAGUAGACUAGACAUUCAAUAGAAAUGGGUAGUCUAUAUAAGAUGUUCUUGACUUAGUUGGUGAUAGGUAUAUAGUUUAUAAUAUAUUAAAAUAAGAAAUGGUUUUUCACUUUUUACAGGCGAUUCUGGUAUCUAUAGUAAUAGAAAUUAAAAGUCUAAAUUGCCUGGAUUAAAGGAGAAAAUGGUAUCAAAAAAUUAAAAUUAUGAAAUACACAAUUUUGAGCUUAGGGGAAUUUUCAGAUCAAGAAAGUAGAGGAAGCAAUAAAAAUACAAGAACGAGAGUAAGAUAUUCAGUCUUUCCAGCCUCAAUUACAUAAGGUUAGAUGUUUUCUGAAGAGUGUCAAUGUUAGAUGAAAGAGUUUUUUGAUUUUGAUUUUUAUAAAACUAUCAUAAAGUUCAUAAUAUAUACUAAGAUUAUAUAAAGUAUUAUAUUUAAAAAAUUUAGUAUAAAAAUUAGUAUCAAAGUUAAUAUAUAUAUAUAUCUAGAGUAACUUAUGGAUAAUGGUCAUAGGACUUAAGAAGAUAACUAAAAUAUAGAAUAGAGCUUAUGUAUGUAUAUAAUUGUUGUUCUUGCACUAUAUCUUUGAUUUCAUUAGUAGACUAGACAUUCAAUAGAAAUGGGUAGUCUAUAUAAGAUGUUCUUGACUUAGUUGGUGAUAGGUAUAUAGUUUAUAAUAUAUUAAAAUAAGAAAUGGUUUUUCACUUUUUACAGGCGAUUCUGGUAUCUAUAGUAAUAGAAAUUAAAAGUCUAAAUUGCCUGGAUUAAAGGAGAAAAUGGUAUCAAAAAAUUAAAAUUAUGAAAUACACAAUUUUGAGCUUAGGGGAAUUUUCAGAUCAAGAAAGUAGAGGAAGCAAUAAAAAUACAAGAACGAGAGUAAGAUAUUCAGUCUUUCCAGCCUCAAUUACAUAAGGUUAGAUGUUUUCUGA